ACACAAGUACUUGUGCAAACAAUUCCCAAACUGCUAAUUUCUUGACUCAAUUCCCAGUUUGGGCCAGGGCCACCUCACGGAGGUAUUCUAACCAAUAACGAAAAUGACCAAGUCGGACCCGACAGCUGUUAGAUCGGUGGACAAAGUAGCUGAGGCUCAACACGAUGGAUAUCAACUCACCGAUCGGGAUAUUCAACAGCUAGCCUUGACCGAUGCGGAGUACAAACUCCAGACCUGGGAGGAUUUGAAGGCUAUAGUUGGUUUGCUCAACCUCCACAAUCCUCACUUGAGUUAAGUAGAGAAACUAACAGAAGCUUGCUCCCUCUCAGAGGAGAAUAGACUUGAAGACCUUAAACGUGUCCCUUCCGAUUUGAAGCGCUAUAUCUCGUGGUCUCAUAAAACCAGACAGGAGUAUGGAACUAUUCAGGCUUUCGUAUUAAAAGAGAGAUUAGGAUGGUCAGAUUUGGCACCAGAGAAUCCGACCCCGUUUGCUUCCAAAGGUUUGCCCUAAUUCCAACUUGCAGGGCUGCAGAUUGGAACAUGUGGUUUCAGAUCGGGCGAACAAAGAUCAAUCUCAAUCUAAAAUUACUAAUUAUCACGCUUGUAGCCGAUACCAAAAUAUUGGUUAACGAUUGGCCAUAUGGAAAUGCUCCCGGUAUAUGUAAGCUCCUACCUCUCUGCUCCAUAUCGGCAUCUGUCUUUGUGUAACAUUGUAACUCUACUUGCCCAUUUCAAAGGUACCGGUUUCCCGAAAUCUUGGCGCUUUACAGGCCCAACUCGUGCCAAGACCCCAAUACUUUUGGAAUGGGCAAGUCCAGUGCAAGUCCACGAUGUCUCUGAUAACUAAUCACCCCUAACAGUGCACCUGGUGGUCUGGACAAAAGCUCCCAUCCCAAUAAUUGAAGGGCCCGGACCCGGAGCCGGUGAUAUAACACCCGAAUCUCGCAAACUUAUCAACGACUUUGUCCAACACACCUUUUUUCAGCACCUAGGCUCCGAGAACGUGCUUUGGUUCAAGAACUGGGCCAGUAUUCAGAGUGUCCGCAGCGUUGAGCACAUUCACGUUCUUACACGUGGGGCUAGUAAUGAGUUUCUGGAGAGAGUUCUUGGCUUGGAGGCAAAUGGAGAGAUGAAGGGCAUCGGUGAGCUGGAGCGGGAGAGAGAAGGGAAGGAGAAGGCUCAGAAUAUCGAGUAAUUUGUCAUAAGGUAUAGGACGGCUAAAAGGCAAAAACUGAGAAAACUAUAGUGGCGCUAAGAUAGCUGGUAGGGGAGGACGGACUUUCUCUCUUUUUUUUUUCAAAUUCUAGAUUACCGGUAUCUGUGGAUCCUGAGGUGGUACUUCUGGCAGGAUAGAUCAAUUGUGAAAUCUUGGUGGGUCGCAGCUGUGGGGUGCUUAUCGUGCGAAAUGUUCAAAGGCAGGCUGGGGAAGCGAGCUUGUUACGGUAGUUACUGGCAUCAUACUGCCACUGCACCCCCUGUGGGUAGGUAGUAUAGGGGGAAAGGGGCUUAAGGCCAUCCGGAACCCUGGAUGUCAGUCUCGGAGGGUUUGUUUGCCAAACCUUACGAGCACUAAAGUUUGCCAGAAAAAUAUCAUGGAAUAGAUGGAGACAUAGUCCGCAAACCCAACUAGAGCCUCCACCAUUACCUUACAAAAGGACUCGCUAUUUAUUAGUACGGGAAGCCAAGUGGUUGAGUGCAUUUUAGAGUUGGACGUGAGAGGCGGAAAGAUUAAGUUUGGUGUGGUUUCUGACUAAGGUACGCC